CCCAUUAACCAUUGAAAGUCUAUUAUUUUGUGUUUCAUUUUUACAUAUCAUGUGACAUAAACAAACAAAAUGUCUGAUGGCAGAGGUUCAAGAUUAUUUACAGAUUUAAACAACAUUUUUAGGAAAGAUCUCUCCAUUGAUGAAUAUGAUGUGAUACCUGUGACUGAACCUGUUCAGAAUAAGAGUCCACUAGUUGUUAUAGAGCAUAAAUUAGGUGUAGAAUUAUGGUGUAUUCCUAUAUUAUAUCAAUAUGCCUAUGAUAAACUUCUCUCGUGGCGUGCUAGAGAUGGCACAGAAAAAUUCCUAGAGCCAGGAGAAGUAGUUAAUUUGUGUCGUGCUGUUUUAUUGGUUAAUCCAGAAUGUUACACAGUCUGGAAUAUCAGGAAAGAGUGUGUUGAGAAUGGAGAUCUAACUAUAGAUGAAGAUCUGAAAUUAGGAGAAUUAAUACUCACUAAACAUCCUAAAAGUCCUGAAACAUUUAUACAUAGGCGAUGGCUGCUACAAAUAUUACUCAACAAAAGUCUGCUUUCUAGUAAUGAUAGUAACCAUAGUAACAGCAGUGUUGAAAGUUGUGAACUUUUAGUUGGUGUUGAUGGUAUCUCAGUGAACUUUUUACCAACGAAUCAAAAUACUUGUAGCAAUAAUCAUAUACUGCCAAAACAAAUUGAUAGAAACUUACAUCGAACUGUGCACCAUGAGUUUGAUAUAUGUUUGCGAGCUGCUGAACACUAUGCAUGUAAUUAUAACGCGUGGAGCCACAGGAUCUGGUUAAUUCAGGCAGCUUUUAACUCAGCUGUACAGGUAUUAUUAUCGGAAUUUCGCACAACUGUUACUUGGUUUACUCAGCAUGUAUCAGAUCAUUGUGGUUUUCAUUAUCGACAGUUCUUACUCAAAUCGUUAAUCAACCAAUCACAAGCUGUUUCUUUUAAAUUUCGUGUAGAUGUGAAUGACCUUUUGAACCAGGAAUUUGAUAAAACUACAGAUUUGAUUGGUACUUAUCCAGGCCAUGAAGCUUUAUGGUACCACAGAAAAUUUGUACUGCAUCAGAUAAUUGAUGAAAUAAAAACAAAAGCAGACCAACUCAGGGAAACACUGUCCAAAGAUAACGGUAUUGAUCUGAAAAGAAGUCGUGUUGAGAGUGAACGUCAACUUUUAUUAGAAAAAGAAAUCAAUCUAGUUUCAAAUAAAGAACUACUUAGUUGUGAUAAAAGAGAACGUGAAUUAGCUAACAGAUAUAUUGUGUGGAUAAAAAGAAUGCUCAGUUUGUAGGAUUUUCAUUUUAAUAAAUUUUUUACUUCAUUUAUUA